CAACCAUCUCAUCCUCUGUCCUUCCCUUCUCCUCCUGCCUUCAAUCUCAUAGAGUGCCUUUAUCUUUCACAGCAGCCCUGAGAGGUAGGUACUGCUAUUAUCCCCAUCUGAUGCCGGAAGCCCUUGAGUGCAGAGGCAGAGAGGGCAGCCUGAGAUCACAUGGCUAGUAAGUGGCUGUGUCCGGGGUUGGGUCCAGUGGGCGGGUCUGGAGCGCUUGCUGCUAACCAUGUGGGUCCCCUAGGCUGCCCUGAGGCUGGAGGACUGCACCAGAGGCCAAAUGACCCACGUGCCUCCGCCAGCCUCAGCUGAAGGGACCCUCAGGACCCUUCUCCUGCCCAGGAACCUCGCUGUGCUCCUGUGCUCGGCCCCUUGCCUCUCCAGGAAUUCUUCCACUGCUCUCGCUUCCUUCUGCACCCUCAGCCUAAAACGGGAGAGCCACCACCAGGACGUUCUCAUUCAUUCCUGAAAGAACUCUGCAUUGUCAGGAUGGAAGGGACCUCUGGUUCAGGUUUGUUAAGAGGAAAGAGAGACCGAAGCUGGCACAGUAUCGAUGUCCAAACCAGAUAAUAGCAGCACAGAAAAGAAUUAUGUUCAUAUGACUUAUGAGCAUGAAGGCAAAAAUUCUAAACAACACAUCAGCAAACUGGAUCUCGCCAUGUAUAACAAACAUAAUACAUCAUGCCCAAGCAGAGUUCAUCCCAGGAAUGCAAACAUGAUUUAACCCUAGAAAACAGAGGCUCAGAGGGCAGCUGCGGAGACUGAGCCAGCCCAGGGCCCAGCCCAAAGUGCUUUUGGGGACCUGGUUACCUUUGUGCUGUAUCCUGCUCCUGGGAGGUGCUGGUGACAGUCUUUCCUUUGUUGUCACUGCCUCUCACCACUUUAUGUAGCCUCAGAGUGAAAUGUUCUGUCCUGGAUUUUUUCUAAUCCUCUCUUUCCAUUUCUCCUGCAGGAUUCCAUGUUUUCGUUGGCCCUGAAAUGCCUUAUCAGUCUGUCUACCAUCAUCCUUUUGGGUUUGAUCAUCGCCUAUCACACACGUGAAGUCCAGCUCUUCGUGAUUGACAAUGGUGCGGACGACUGGCGGAUAGCCAUGACCUACGAGCGCAUCCUCUACAUCAGCCUGGAGAUGCUGGUGUGUGCCAUCCACCCCAUUCCUGGCGAGUACAAGUUCUUCUGGACGGCACGCCUGGCCUUCUCCUACACACCCUCGCGGGCGGAGGCCGAUGUGGACAUCAUCCUGUCCAUCCCCAUGUUCCUGCGUCUGUACCUGAUCGCCCGCGUCAUGCUACUGCAUAGCAAGCUCUUCACCGACGCCUCGUCCCGCAGCAUCGGGGCCCUCAACAAGAUUAACUUCAACACCCGCUUCGUCAUGAAGACCCUCAUGACCAUCUGCCCGGGCACUGUGCUGCUUGUGUUCAGCAUCUCACUGUGGAUCAUCGCGGCCUGGACCGUCCGUGUCUGUGAAAGGUACCAUGACCAGCAGGAUGUAACUAGUAACUUUCUGGGCGCCAUGUGGCUCAUCUCUAUCACAUUCCUUUCCAUUGGUUAUGGGGACAUGGUGCCCCACACGUACUGUGGGAAAGGUGUCUGUCUGCUCACGGGCAUCAUGGGUGCUGGCUGCACUGCCCUGGUGGUGGCCGUGGUGGCCCGGAAGCUGGAACUCACCAAAGCGGAGAAGCACGUUCACAACUUCAUGAUGGACACUCAGCUCACCAAACGGAUCAAGAAUGCUGCAGCCAAUGUCCUUCGGGAAACGUGGCUAAUCUAUAAACACACGAAGCUGCUAAAGAAGAUCGACCACGCCAAAGUCAGGAAGCACCAGAGAAAGUUUCUCCAGGCUAUCCACCAACUGAGGAGCGUCAAGAUGGAGCAGAGGAAGCUGAGUGACCAAGCGAACACCCUGGUGGACCUUUCCAAGAUGCAGAAUGUUAUGUAUGACUUGAUCACAGAGCUCAAUGAUCGAAGCGAAGACCUGGAGAAACAGAUCGGCAGCCUGGAGUCUAAGCUGGAGCACCUCACCGCCAGCUUCAAUUCCCUGCCCCUGCUCAUCGCCGACACCUUGCGUCAGCAGCAGCAGCAGCUCCUGUCUGCCCUCAUGGAGGCCCGGGGCGUCAGCGUGGCGGUGGGCACCACCCACACCCCACUCUCCGACAGCCCGAUCGGGGUCAGCUCCACCUCCUUCCCGACCCCAUACACGAGUUCAAGCAGUUGCUAAAUAAAACUCCCCACUCCAGAAGCAUUACCCAUAGGUCUUAAGAUGCAAAUCAACUCUCUCCUGGUCACUUUGCCAUCAAGGAACAUUUCAGACCAGGGAUCGUAAAGAAGAGACACCGAGCUAAUUAACUAACUCAUGUUCAUUCAGCGUGCUUGGUUUGAUAUGCCUUGAAACCAGAAAUCUAAUCUCUGUUUAGGUGCCUCUACUUGGGAGCAGGAAGAGGAGAUGACAGGAAGCGACGCCUCUGGCAGGGCCCUUGCUGCAGAGUUGGUGGAGAACAGAAAUCCACGUUCAAUCUCAGGUCUUCACGUGGGGAGGGGUGGGGGGUCAGAUGCACUGAAGGAGCCAACAGUGAAGCCAGCCUGGAGGAAGCCCCCAGAGGACAAAAGUAAGAGAGAGCUGCCCACAGCUUGCCAAAACAGAUGUUCUUUCCUCCCAUCCCUUACACAGUCAUAAAAUCUAGACUGAAAGAAAAAUUGAUGAAUAAAAAGCCAGACUCUCCAUUCAAUAUUAAUACUCAUAUAAACCCAUGUAUUUGCAAGCGUGUGCAUGCACACACAGACACACACAUCCCACAUUCAACCCAGGUCUUUUCUUGUUUGCACUUGACCCAAGCAAAGAGGGAGCUGGUACCUUACUCUGCACACAGUAGGCACUCUCUAAAUGUACAUUGAGUUGGUCUGAAUCUGGGUGUGGGUGCUGUCAGUUCAGUGGGUUUGCCAGUGUUGCCACAUUCUGAGCUUCACUGAAGAUGCCGGUCCCUUCAAAUACAAAACAGGGUACACCAUGCUUGCUCUGAGAUGAAUGACAAGCCAAAAUUGGCAUUCUGGAGAGAUAAGCAACCUUCUAAAAAUACCAGCUUCUGCAGAGUUUUUAUCUUGUAUCCAAACAAGCUGUGUUCCACAGGAGUGCAUGAUCAGGUGUACGGAUAUGAGGGCAGGGGAACAGGAUCUGUGCACAGAUGCACACACACGUGUGAAUAGGUGCAACCCCAGGACACCUUCGUGAAUAGAAGUGUUGUCUGGGGGGUUAUUCAGUGAUAUUUAUCCAGUAACAGUUUUCCAGCCCCAGAUGUUAAGAGCACAAAGGUGUCAAGGGCCUCACAUGAGAGCUGGGAGUAGAAGUGAGGAUGAGUGACCCAGGUGGCCCCUUCUAUGUGACCUAAAACCAUGUCAAAGUGCAAGGUUUUGAAGAUAAAGGGAGCCCUUAGGGGACAUUGUGGGUAAGAUAAGGUGACAUAGAUUUGUCAGUAGCUUAUUCCUAUUGUGCCACAUUUAUCUUGGUGCAAAAAUUAUUGUAAUACUUCUCCAACUUCAAGAGGCUUCAGAAACAUCCAGAUCCAGUGUAUAAUAGAAAUUGUGAGCACAGGGCAUCUGGAUGCAAGAUAUUUUUCUCAUACCAUCAUCUAACUAUACAUAAUGCUUGUGAUGUGAAAACCAUUCUACUAGUCAUCCCAUUUCUCAUUCCAAGGUCUCUGACUUCUGCUUGUUGGGACUUAAAUGAUACUGUAGGGAAUAUUUCAUCUAUUUAGGGUAAAAUGAAGGAUGUCAUUUGUGGUGUGGAUGGUUGUCCUGUAGGGUAUCACAGGACAUCAUCACCUUUCUGAAAGCAGAGUCUAGCUGUGGAGACUUCUACAGCUCUGGGCCUGGUCUUCUAAGGACAAGGGAAUCAGACAGCAAAAGGUAGACAACCCUAGGAAGCCCACUCUUUCAAGAAGAUCUGGUCUCUUGUUAAAUUUCUUCUUUUAUCUUUUUUUUACUGCUAUUGCUCUUCCCCUGAUGGCCUCAUUUUUAUCUCAAUAACUCCUUUGAGCAUUUUCCUUGGUUGUUUUGUAUACCAUAGAUGCCACACUUACUGCUGGCUUUUUUUUUUUACUUGUUAUUUUACCUAUUGACUAUCUAAAAGAUCCAUAUCUUUUUUUAUGUCCCAAGAAUGGUGCUCCUGUUUUCAGUGACAGCUGAAAGUAUAAACAGACAGAUAAGCAGAUGAAAUAACCAUGUGUUUUCUUUGUGGCAUUAGUUCAUUUCACAGUAUGAAAAGCACUGACAGGUCAACCUGAGCGUGCCAAUCUCGAUCAUCUAAACUGCAGCCCUCAAUUCUUAAUUCCUAGUCACUCUUCCCAUUCCCCAGGUAGCCCUAUGGUGUGUGUGUGUGUGCGCACAUGUGCACAUGUAGGGAUUUAAUUUGAAUUUCAAACAAAUGGCAUGCAAGAUUCCACUGCUACUCCUCCUGCCAAAAAAGUAUGUGCAGACUGUCACUGACCCAUUGUUGUCUAUGGGUGGCUCUUCUUUAACCCAUCACUAAUGCUGUUCACUUGGGUAAAUCCUAAUGACCAAGCUAGCAACACAAGCAAAGAGAGUGGCUGGAGAUACUUUCAGUAGCAGCAGUCACUGGUAUCCUAGAAACACACGGGUGUUUGUAGUGUGACUGGACCUAUUGGUAGUGCAAUAGCUAAGUAUGGUUUUUCUCUUUGGGAAAAGAGUACUUUUCAAAAAAAAAAGAUCGAAUACGCAUGCUGACCCUCCAGUGGUAAAUGAGACGCUGCUUCUCUGCGCUGCUAUUUCAGCUUUAGAUGGGGAAGUUAUCCGUUCUCCUGCAAGUACAAUCAACCUUUGAUGACUUAGGUAUGGAUUAUCCAGGAUGUAACCCACCCAUUUCCUUCCUACAGCCCAUCUUUCGGCUAAGUCCACUGCGCCUCAGCAUCACAGUCAGAUGGGAAAGGGGGGCAGGUGGGUUUUCAUGUCACACCUUCUUGUCCUGUAAUUUCAAGUUUGGUGGUAGAGGAGAUUUAAUUAUCUACUCAAGAGUUGGCUAUAUGAAAAAACAAUUAAUUAUGGUAACCUCACCCCAGUACUGAACUGAUUGAGUUCUUCCCCCUCCUGGAAGUCAGACCCAGUGGCCAAGUCCCUCCUAUAAUCUUUCUGUUAACUCAGUGUCAGAUCAAAGUAUACUCUGAUAUUCUCUAAAAUAUCUAGACACUUGAAUUAAAAAUAUAGAGCCACCCCCUCAUUGCUUAAGCCAUAUUAUAGCUUCAUGUACUGUAAAGGCAGGGAUGUAUAUGAUUACCCAAGACCACUAAUCUCAGUGGAAUUUCAGGACAGAACAUCAGUUGGUAAGUUAUACCAGACUAGGGGCUCACCCCUCCUUAGAUUGAAGUCCAAAUGAAAAUGUGUAUCAUUGGAUCAAAGGCCACAUAUGUGUGAUCAUCAUCAAUAAAUGAUCAUAAAGUAUCUAUUAACUGCUCUUGCCAUCCUCAUAAUAUGUAACUUCAUGACAUCAUAUCUCUAGAAAGGUAUAAUACAAUGCAAAAGAGCAAGAGGGGUAAGGCCUUGAAUCACCACUAACUUCUGACUUCAGCAAGUACCAGUGGUGUAACAAUAAUCUCAUAAGUGAGAAGGUAUAGAAAGUGUAUGCCCAAGUAAGUUCUAAAGUGUUGAGCAAGCGCAACCUGUUGUUGUAUAUUAAAGGCCGGGAAGAAAUAAUAUUGAAGAAAUAAUUAUUUUAAUACAUUCCCUUUGAUUUUUUAUAAUUUCUUAUGACUAAAUCAUGAUGGAAGAGAAUAAACCUAGAGAUACAGAAUCAGAAUAAAUAAAAAUCUAACAUUGGAUCCAUAUCCUUGGCCAAUGAAUAUAACCACCUCAGACCUCAAUUUCUCUAUACUUAAAAUGAAGAUAACAAUUAAUAUUGUUAAGUGUGAAGUAUUCAAUAGAUUUUUUAAAUGGAAUCACUAUUGUCAACAACACCAGUCCAAACCAACUCUGUCUAGUCUACACUUUGGUGUUGCCUCAGAAUGUACUCAGUAGUUAACCAAAAAGUAAUUCUUACCUAUUGACCUAUGUGAAAUUAGCAGGGAGAGAAGCAUGGGAUGAGCACAUAGUCCCAAGACCUCUCUCCUCCUUCAGAGUGUACCUCAUCAAAGAGUGCACCCCAAAUUAAGAAUCAGUGUUUCAUUCCAGAACCCACGAUGUUGCUCCCAUCACAGUACCCAAUUGAGACACUAUGAAGUCAUUGCACUACCAGUAGGUUACUGCUCUUUUAAAGUUACUGCUUUUAAAUCAUAAACUAUGUCCCCAGUUCUGCAGUCAUCCCACUUCCCUCGAUGUUGCUUAGAAGCAGAUGAAGGCUCUGUCAGUCGUCAUUUUGCUGCCCCUAUUGACUCCGCACGUGUUCGGUUUCAGUACCUUAGACAGCUACCUGAUGGUUUCCUGGUAGGCGGGAACAGCCUCUUCCCUUCCCAUCCUUCCGCUACAGUCGGUCGGCUUAACAACACCCUGGACAGUAUCCCUUCCUUCUCCACUGCCGCCAAAGUAAACAUUGUGGGAACGGGAUCACUGAAACCACUAAAAAAAGAAUGUUACAGGGAUAGCAAUAUUAAGUGUCUGCCUCUGGUAGUAGAAUAUAGGUGAGUCGCUCUUCAUCCUGAAAGCUUGUGCCAAGCUGCAUGAAUAGAAAUUAACACUAAACUCCUGUCAGACAAGUAAUAUGUAGAUUUUUACUAAAAUAGACCGAAGCUUAUUAAAAAGUUCUCAGUGGAAUGGUAUAGUAAUAUAUACAGAUAGAGGAAAAAAAAUAACUGUGAUCUUUUUCCUUACACCAUUACUGGAAAUGCCCAAAUAUGAACUGGAGUUCCCUCUGAACAAAACCAUUAUCAAAUCUUCAACGUAUGACCUCCAAAUCUAGGUGCCAAGUGAGUGCCCUGCCACAGUUGUUUACACACCCGAGAAACAUGUUCUGGAAGCUGUACUCUUGGGCUUGGACCAUGUGUUGAGACAAACAAAACAGACGUUGUGGCCAACCAAGCUGAUGGAGGAAAAGCACAAAAUUCAACACCAACCUAUAGUUCAGAUCCCAAAGAGAUGCUGAAGUUACAGCCAAAAAAAGUUUCUUUGACAAAUCAAAUACCGAUCUGAUCGGAACAGCCAACAUGAAAGUUCAUAGAAGAAGGACAGGGAGUAAACAACAUUCUCUAGCUGUAUCAUAUUGUCUCAGUCUUUGAAUCUCAACCAGGACUGAUCUACCUUCAUCAGACGCACUUUUUAAUGGCGCAACAACUCAGUAUUGGUCCCAGACUCUCCAUUCUGCACUGACCAGAAGAGAACAACAAAAGAGAGCAGCAGGAUGUCAAUGGAGGAAAUAUAUCCAUGGCGAACUCAGAAACUGAUGUGUUUAUAUUCAGAAUCAGAUGAGCUUCAAUAUGAAUUUGCAUCUUGCCUCUGUACUGCUUGCUAUUUUUUAAUGAUAGGAGAAAGUAUAACAGUUUAUUUUAAAUAUGAAAUAUAUUGCUAUAUUAUAAAAUAUAUUGUAACUUUCAAUUAA